UGAUACAGAAAAUGCUAGUAGAAUAAACUAUGCUAAAUGUUCUAAAAAGAAAAUUGAUGAUAGAUCAGUAAAUAUUGAAAACAAAAUCAUAGAUUGUGUAUCCAAAGAUGAUACCAAUAUUAAUAUUGAUUCAAUUAGUUUGUGUGAUAAGCAUGUAUAUAAGAAUGUAGAUGAUAAAAGAAAAGGACUUACCUGGAAAUAUAUGAAUAAGAAAAUCAGUAAUAAAGUUGUUGGAAAUAUUUCUGGCAUUGAAAUUGACCUUGAUGAAGAUGAAUUUGUUAAUAUAAGAUGUAUUAAAUGCGAAUUGACAGAGAAUGAUAAUAUUGAUAAAGAGAAAAAGAAAUGUUGUAAUGAAAAGGACAAUGAUAAAGAGUAUGAUGAUAAGAAUAAAUGGUGUGUUGAAUUUGGAGGUGCAUCUAUGAGUCAUCCAAUACCAUAUGAACAUUAA